AUGGAAUGGUUUAAUAAAAGUACGUCAAUCAAGUAUCUUUUCAAAUACAUACACAAAGGACAUAACCGAAUUACCGCAUUAGUUGUUCAUAACUCGGCACAAAAUGGUUGUCCUAAUGAACCUGUAGAUGAGAUAAAGCAGUACCUUGACUGCAGGUACGUAUCCCCCUACGAGGCAAGUUGGAGAAUCUUCUCUUACAGUAUACAUGGACGGCAGCCGGCAGUUGAGCGCAUGUUUUUCCAUCUAAUUGGUGAGAAGUCCGUCUACUACCCAGAUCAUGCCCGUAUGGAAAAUGUCUUAGAGGAGGCGAGUGUCACGGAAUCUAUGUUUACUUCGUGGUUAGUUGCAAAUCAGACCUAUGAGGGUGCGAGACAAUUGACUUAUGGCCAAUUUGUCACGAAGUUUGUUUACCAUAAAAGGGAAAGGGCGUGGAAGCCACAGAAAAAGGGUUACACCAUUGGACGACUUAUUUGGGUUCCACCCACAACCGGAUAG